CGUUGCGGAUGGGUUUAUAUCUGGUUUAUAGCUGGUUUAUAGCCGGUUCUGGUGGGCUCAGUAUGCUGUGCUGAUCAGCUGAACUGGAGCCGUUUGAACGCAGCGCGGGGAAAGUUACCGCUGACCGGACGGAGAGACUCAGUGCGGACGGAAAUGGCCACAGCGAUGUAUCUAGAACAUUAUCUGGACAGUAUCGAGGGUCUUCCCUUCGAACUGCAGAGAAACUUCUCUUUAAUGACUGACCUGGACGGCAGGAUUGAAGGGAAGAAAGCGGAGAUCGAUAAUCUCGCGGCUGAAUACACUGCGAACGUGAGGGACCUGUCAUCUGAGGAGCGAGUAGAUCACCUGAAGAGGAUUGAAAACGCCUACAACAAGUGCAGAGAGUUCAGUGACGAUAAAGUGCAGCUGGCGAUGCAGAUAUACGAGAUGGUGGAUAAACACAUUCGGCGGCUGGAUGCUGAACUGGCGCGCUUCGAGAGUGAGCUGAAGGACAAACUGGACUCCAGCGGUCAGGAGAGUUCGGAUGAAAAGAAAAGCAGAAAAGAUAAAAGCGUCAGAGAGAAGAGGAGGUGCAGUGGGCGGAGCCAGAAAACAUCCAAUCACGAGUCUCCUAAACAGACGGCACAGAAGGGCAGUGAUGCUCUCCUGGCCAUGCACCCCUCAGACGUUCUGGACAUGCCGGUGGACCCUAAUGAGCCCACCUACUGCCUGUGCAGUCAGGUCUCAUACGGAGAGAUGAUUGGCUGUGACAAUGCUGAUUGUCCUAUUGAAUGGUUUCACUUUGCCUGUGUUGAUCUUACGACUAAACCGAAGGGGAAAUGGUUCUGUCCUCGAUGUGUUCAGGAAAUGAAGAAGAAGUAAAGAUGCUUUAUCACUGCAGUUUAUCAGCUGCUCUGAUCCAAAGCUCAAUCAGACACUCAGCUCACUUUGAUCUCUCUGUAAUUCAGCUUCACCAAAGAGUCAUUUUUACUGAACUGUGUAUCACUGCAGUGAGGAGAAGCAUCUGCCUCUCACUUUUAAAAUAGCUUUUUAUAAAUAAAGAUUCUGUUUAGAUGA